CUGUCCCAGUUUUGUCCUUCUGAUCAAGUAAUUCUGAUUGCACAGAAAACAUGUUUACUGAUGGCAGCUUCAGUUGAUCUAGAGCAAGGGAGAAAAGCUUCAACAGCUUUUGAACAGACCAGAUUCCUGAAUCGUGCACUUGAGCAGAUCCAUAAAUGCAGAGACAUCUGGAAUCUCCUGAAAGAAACAGGGGAUUUCUCCAAUGAUCCAUGUGAGACAUUGCUUCUGCUAUAUGAGUUUGAAGUUAAAGCCAAAAUGAAUGACCCAUUACUGGACAGUUUCCUGGAAUCAGUGUGGGACCUGCCUCUUUUAGAAAGUAAAACAUUAGAAAUAAUUGCAAUUUUAGCAAUGGAAAUGCCUGCAUACUAUCCUUCCAUUGCUCUAAAGGCCUUGAAAAGGGCUUUAUUGCUCCACAAAAGGAAAGAAUCAUUUGAUGUUUUCAAAUACAGCAACUGUCUGCACAACUUGAUUAACCUCUUAGUGCCAGGUGGAGUGCCAAAUGCAGAACUCUGUUCCCUGGAAGAAGUUUGGGACUAUUUCGAAGAUGCGUUGAGCCACACU